CAACGAGUAAAUCCAAACUUUAACACUAGAGAUGCGAGGUAGAUGGGUCUCCUUGCAUUUACUCCUUUAGUAUGCUCCUUUUUGUAUUGCCUUAUUUAUGUACUUUUUGUAAUGUUUGAGUUAUGAUUUCUUGAAAACAAUUUCUUUUAUUUUCUCGUACGUACAAUAAUUUCUUAUUAAAACGUGCACCUAACUUGACGACAAUGUGCCAUGCACUAAUCAGCAGGAGCCGGAGUGAGGGCCGCUACCGCCGGAGCACCACCAUCCCCGACGAUCCCCACGAAGCACUGCCGCAGCAGGAAGUGAGUCCCUUGAGACUCACCGCUGCCGCCUUCAAUUGGGCAGAUCCAGACCGCCGCCAUCCGAAUCGUGUCGCCGUCGCUGGUUCCAGGGGGACCGCAGCAAGCGAAGGAGCCGCUGCCGCCGUCACCCGCACAGGAGCAGCCGCUGAUCCGUCCAAGCACCCCCGCAGAGGAGUCGUCACACAAAUGGCCGUCGCCAUCGCUCAAGGAGAAGUGACUCUGUCGAGCAAGACUGCCGCCGGGUUGAGGAGCUGCCACUGUCCUCAGAUCUACGCCGCUAGUUCGAGGAGAAUUACCACCGUCCGCGUGCAGUCAAGCCGCGAGCUGCCGCAGGCAGAAAGCUCAGUCGACCAGCCGCUGUCGCCGUCGUCUCCUGGAAGCACCACCGCUGAAGCCAUUCCCGUUUUGAGAUUGCACAGCCGCCAGAACAAAAAAAAGUUGUGUGAUAUGGCAGAAGACGGGAAGUUUCGAAUUGAGAAGUUCGAUGGUACAGAUUUCAGUUGGUGGAAGAUGCAAAUUGAAGAUUUGCUGGUUCAGAAAUAUUUGGACGUGGUAUUGGGUGACAAGCCAGAAAAGAUGUCGGAUGCAGAUUGGGCAGGUUUGGAUCGGAAAGCUAUGUCCGUGUUCCGUCUCUCGUUGACCAAGAAUGUUGCGUUCAACAUUCUGAAGGAGAAGACAGCGAAAGGCAUCAUGGAAGCGCUGUCUAAUAUGUACGAGAAGCCAUCUGCGGCAAACAAAGUGUUUCUGAUUAGAGAAUUGGUGAACACAAGGAUGAAAAAUGGCACUUCAGUUACCGAGCAUAUCAACAAGUUCAAUUCUAUCUUAGCCAGACUUUUGUCAGUGGGCAUUAAGUUCGAUGAUGAAGUUCAAGCUUUACUACUGUUAUCGUCAUUGCCUGACACUUGGUCCGGAACUGUUACAGCAGUUACCAGUUCAGCGGGACCUGACGGAUUCACUUUUGAGAAGAUUCGUGACCUCGUUCUUGGCGAAGAUGUCAGAAGAAGGAGUUCUGGUGAGUCUUCGGAAGAAUCACUAAAUAUCGUCAGAGGCAAAGGAAAUAACAGAGGUAGUGGGAGCAAGAACAGACGAAGGAGUCGAUCAAAUACUCGGGAUAGCUCAGGUGUAACAUGCUGGAAGUGCAAGGAGGUGGGGCAUUUCAGGAAUCAGUGCCCGAAAGAGGAUAAGCAAGUGAACAUUGCUAGAGGCUCCGCGAGCGACGAGGAUUUGUUUAUCUGUUGUGCGGAGAGCAGUGUAGAUUCCUGGGUCAUGGAUUCUGGUGCUUCAUUUCAUGCUACCCACAGCGGUGAAGCAUUGCAGAAUCUAGUUGUUGGGGACUUUGGAAAGGGACACGAGGUGAAGUUCGGAACUGGGCAGUGGAAGGUCGUGAAGGGAAAUCUUGUCAUGGCCCGCGGAAGGAAGAGUGGGUCGUUGUACAUGGUCGGGUUACCGUCUGAGGGAGUGAUCGUCCCAGUUCAGAAGAGAAACAAAGUCCAGUUCACAGAGUCUCGUGGGCAGAAGAAGGUUUUCUAUGCAAGAAAGAAACCCAAAGCCACAGGUCAGACUCAGGAUGAACGAGCGAGAAAAGGUUCAAUGAGGCCAGUCAGAGGUAUCUGUGGCAGUGGGAGCACAGGUUUUGCUUCAGCCAAGGUUCUUAUAAGACAUUGGGUCCGGAGAACCAGUAUUCCAGCUGUUGAAACAUCUCCAGAAAAUUUCUUGCUCAGUAUGGAGAUUGUUUGUUCUCAGGAUGUUCCAGGAUCUGGCAGUGCGUGUGUGCAACAACAAAUAAUAAAAUCCUCCUAGUUGCCCCGUGUGGACGUAGGUUGCAGUUGGCGGCCGAACCACGUUAAAUCCUGUGUCGUUUAUUUUUCUGCAGUUGAUUCGUGAUUGUGUGUUGUUUCCGCGUGCGUUUAUUCCCAACAAGUGGUAUCGGCCGAACCACGUUAAAUCAUGUGUCAUUUAUUUUUCUGCAGUUGAUUCGUGAUUGAGUGUUGUUUCCGCGUGCGUUUAUUCCCAACAGGACCUUCAUCGCUCACUGGCUCUGUUGACCGCCGCAUCCCGUGGUCCACCGUCGGUCGUCACCGCCACAUGUCGUCGCUGACUGGUUGUUGAC